GCACCAUGGGCACCGCGGAGGACGCAGUCAAAGAGAAACUGCUGUGGAACGUGAAAAAGGAGGUAAAGCAAAUCAUGGAAGAGGCUGUCACCAGGAAGUUUGUGCAUGAAGACAGCAGCCACAUCAUUGCUCUGUGUGGUGCAGUGGAGGCUUGCCUCCUGCAUCAGCUGAGACGUCGUGCCGCUGGCUUCCUGCGCAGUGACAAGAUGGCAGCUCUGUUCACCAAGGUGGGGAAGACGUGCCCGGUGGCUGGGGAGGUCUGCCACAAGGUACAGGAACUGCAGCAGCGAGCAGAGGGCAGGAAACCCUCAGCGGGCAGCCAGGAGGCCUUGCGGAGACAGGGCUCGGCCAGCGGGAAGGCCCUGGCCCUCAGCCCUCAGGCCUUGAAGCACAUCUGGGUACGCACAGCGCUCAUUGAGAAAGUUCUGGACAGGGUCCUACAGUACCUGGUGGAAAACUGCAGCAAAUACUAUGAGAAGGAAGCAUUACUGGCAGACCCUGUGUUUGGCCCAAUCCUGGCCUCUCUUCUAGUGGGACCCUGUGCCUUGGAAUACACUAAACUCAAGACAGCUGAUCACUACUGGACCGACCCCUCUGCAGAUGAGCUGGUCCAGAGGCACCGUAUCCGGGGUCCACCGAAUCGUCAGGACUCUCCUGCAAAGCGCCCAGCCCUAGGGAUCCGGAAGCGGCACUCAAGUGGCAGUGCAUCGGAGGACAGGCUAGCUGCCUGUGCCCGCGAGUAUGUGGAAUCCCUGCACCAGAACUCAAGAACGAGGCUGCUUUACGGCAAGAACAACGUGCUGGUGCAGCCGAAGGAGGACAUGGAGGCCGUCCCAGGCUAUCUCUCCCUGCACCAGUCUGCUGAGAGUUUAACUCUCAAGUGGACCCCCAACCAGCUCAUGAACGGAACUCUUGGGGACUCCGAGCUGGAAAAGAGCGUUUACUGGGACUAUGCCCUGGUGGUGCCCUUCAGUCAGAUCGUCUGCAUCCACUGUCACCAGCAAAAGAAUGGCGGCACACUCGUGUUGGUGAGCCAGGACGGCAUCCAGAGGCCACCGUUGCACUUCCCACAGGGGGGACACCUGCUGUCCUUCCUGUCCUGCCUGGAGAAUGGGCUGCUGCCUCGAGGACAGCUGGAGCCCCCACUCUGGACCCAGCAGGGGAAGGGGAAGGUGUUCCCCAAGCUAAGGAAACGCAGCAGCAUGCGGUCCGUGGACGUGGAGGAGGUGGGCGCCGGGCGAGCCACAGACUACGUGUUCCGGAUCAUCUACCCUGGGCACAGGCACGAGCACAUCACUAUUAACUACCACCACCUAGCGGCCAGCCGGGCGGCCUCGGUGGACGAUGAUGAGGAAGAGGAGGAUAAACUACACGCGAUGCUCUCAAUGAUCUGCUCGCGGAACCUCACAGCUCCCAAUCCGAUGAAAGAUGCUGGUGACAUGAUAGAGAUGCAAGGCUUUGGGCCCAGCCUGCCCGCCUGGCACCUGGAGCCCCUGUGCAGCCAGGGCUCCUCCUGCCUCUCCUGCUCCUCCAGCAGCUCCCCAUAUGCCACCCCCAGCCACUGCAGCUGCGUCCCCGACCGGUUGCCCCUCCGGCUACUGUGUGAGAGCAUGAAGAGGCAGAUUGUGUCCCGGGCCUUCUAUGGCUGGCUGGCAUACUGCCGCCACCUGGCCACUGUGCGGACCCACCUGUCAGCGCUGGUGCAUCACAGCAUUAUCCCCCCCGACCAGCCCCCAGGGGCCUCAGGAGGCCUCACCAAGGAUGUGUGGAGCAAGUAUCAGAAGGACAAAAAGAACUACAAGGAGCUGGAGCUGCUGCGGCAGGUGUACUAUGGAGGCGUGGAGCACGAGGUGCGCAAGGACGUCUGGCCCUUUCUGCUUGGCCACUACAAGUUUGGCAUGAGCAAGAAGGAGAUGGAGCAGGUGGAUGCGGUGGUGGCAGCCAGGUACCAGCAGGUGCUGGCCGAGUGGAAGGCCUGCGAGGUGGUGGUGAGGCAGCGUGGGCGGGAGGCGCACCCCGCCGCGCUCACCAAGUUCUCCUCGGGCAGCAGCAUCGACAGCCAUGUGCAGCGCCUCAUCCACCGAGAUUCCACCAUCAGCAACGACGUGUUUAUCUCUGUGGAUGAACUGGAGCCCCCGCAGCCCCAGGGCCCUGAAGAUUCUAAAUCGAAGCCCGAGCAGGAGCCGGGAGCCGGGACCACGGGCUCGGCAGUGGUGGAGCAGCAGCAGUCGGUGGAGUUUGAUUCUCCAGACUCAGGACUGCCAUCCUCUCGCAACUACUCUGUGGCCUCGGGUAUCCAGUCAAGCCUCGACGAGGGGCCCAGUGUGGGCUUCGAAGAGGAGGAUGGUGGUGGGGAGGAAAGCUCUGCCAGGCCAGGCCCUGCCGCCCACACUUUCUCCGAGCCCCGAGAGACCAGCCAGGAGGUUUCUGGAGCCAGUGAGCUGCAGGCAGGGGAGGAGCUUGCGGCCGUGUGUGCUGCCGCCUACACUAUAGAAUUACUGGACACCGUGGCCUUAAACCUGCACCGCAUAGACAAGGACGUGCAAAGGUGUGACCGCAACUACUGGUACUUCACGCCCCCUAACCUGGAGCGGCUCAGAGACAUCAUGUGCAGCUACGUGUGGGAGCACCUGGACGUGGGCUAUGUGCAGGGCAUGUGUGAUCUGCUGGCACCGCUCCUGGUCGUCCUCGACAAUGAUCAGCUGGCCUACAGCUGCUUCAGCCACCUCAUGAAGAGGAUGAGCCAGAACUUCCCCAAUGGGGGCGCCAUGGACACCCACUUUGCCAACAUGCGCUCCCUCAUCCAGAUCCUGGACUCAGAGCUGUUCGAGCUGAUGCACCAGAAUGGAGACUACACCCACUUCUACUUCUGUUACCGCUGGUUCCUGCUGGAUUUUAAGAGAGAGCUGCUGUAUGAGGACGUGUUUGCCGUGUGGGAGGUGAUCUGGGCGGCCAGGCACAUCUCUUCAGAGCACUUUGUCUUGUUCAUUGCCCUGGCCCUCGUGGAGGCCUAUCGAGAGAUUAUCCGCGACAACAACAUGGACUUCACUGACAUCAUCAAGUUCUUCAACGAGCGGGCCGAGCGUCACGACGCCCAGGAGAUCCUGCGCAUUGCCCGGGACCUGGUCCACAAGGUGCAGAUGCUCAUAGAGAACAAGUGAGCUGCAGCCAGGAGGCAACAGCCAUGCAGAGCUUGGGCACCGGGCCCCUGCGCUCCAGCAGGGAGAGGCGCAGGGGCAUCGCAGUCCGGCCUGCCCCGGGCCCAGCCACUGCCUGCCCAACCAUGUUCCUAACAAAGUGAUUGUGAGUCUGGGACCUGACUCUGGGCAGUGCUGGUCUGCAGGGCAAGUCGGGGGCCAGGAUGCCCUCAGAGCAGGGUCGGGGUGGGAGGGCUUGGCCUCAGGGAGCAGCCACCUUGGGGGACACUUAACUCUGCUCCCCUCUCCAACAACUGGGAAUAGCCCCACUCCAGCUGCAGCCACCUGUAGCCUCAACGCGGACUGUUCCAUUGCCACUCUCCAGUUCCCCAGGGCCCUGUAGGGUUAGUAGGGGCCACAGUGGCCUGGGCCCUGCCUAGCAAGGGCUGUGCGGGGCGGGAGGCUCUGUGCUAUAUCUCUUCCGAGAGUCCCUCUGCAGCCCCAGGGCAGGUGUGUGCGCCAGCCCCAGCUGGGGCAUGUAUCCUGGGUGCAGGAUACCCGAGCUGUCCCAGGACCUCCCUGAGAUUCAGGGCGGUCAGAUGUGGCCUGGGGUGGGACGGCCCAACUCAGCAGCACUGCCACUGCCUUUGGGCACCUAGGUGCCCCAUGCUCCCCGGCCCGUGCAGCGCAUCCCCCUGUAUCUGUACAGUCUUACUCUCACCACCCUGCCCUUGCUUUAUGCAUUCGAUACAUCCCUGAAAACCAUGUGUCAGUGACACUCUUGCAGUUGGAUGAUCUGAGAUGCAGUGGGAGCGCCUGCCCUUGAGAGGAAUCCAGAGUGACUGUAGGAAGGUGCUCAGGGCCAGGCCUUGGAGCACUGGGGCAGCCCAUCACCUCUCCCAGGCAUCUGCUGAGUCCCUAGGACUGAGGUGGCGCCUGGGUAUCCUGUUGCCCCUGGUGAGAUCAAGGCUAGCUCUACCUUCCACGUGCUUCUCAGGAUGCCAUGAAGCCUAGGGGCCCGAAACCCCCCUGGAGGAGCUGCACUCCCAGGUACAGGAAGGGCACAGCUCCUGCCCCCAGGCCUAGGCAUGCUGCUUGUUCUGCCAUUCCUUCUCCCCAUCCCCCCAUUGCGUGCAGGUGAGGCCUUGCUCUUGGAUCUGGAGGCCUCGCCCAGCUAGGGCCUGUCCAGCAGUCAGUCAAGUCUGGCAGAUGUCAUGCACUUGAGAAACCAGGCGGCCAGCACCCUGCAUCCAGCACAGUGUUCCCAGCCAACCCGUCCAGGGCGCUGCACAGUCUGUUGGGGCCAGCCUGCCCCACUGCCCACCCCUGUCGUCUGUGAGUCCUUGGCCUCCACCAAGCACGGGAGGCCGCCGUGUGCCUGCCUUAGUGACUCAGUGGUUUUGUGAUGAACGGAGUGCGUAUGUUUUUUGGCCCAGAAACUAUACUCUUCAGUGUAACAGACCAAUAAACAGCAUUUGGCAA